AUGGCGAUCACCGAGAAGACUGACGUUGAACACGUCUCGUCGAGGGAUGUUGAAGCCUUGACCAAGCGCCCAACCGUUGAGCCUGUGCCGCAAUCUGCCAAAGCCGAAGCUGGUGUCAUCCUUCGUGUUGACACCGCAGCUGAUACAGGUCUACGCCUUGCUAAGGACGGACAUGCUCAGGAGUGGCAUGAAAGUAUCAGUCGAGUGAACGAGACCAAUAGCAUCAAUGUCCUGAUGAUGGCUCUGGGUGGUUUGAUCUGGGUGCCAAUGACUUCCAUCAUCGGCAGAGCCCCUACUUUGUUCUGGUCGAACCUCAUAGGAUUUCUCUUCACGAUUGGGACAGCUCUCGCGCCCAACUUUACGACUUUCUACGCCAUGCGUGCGCUGAAGGGGUUUUUCAUUACAUCUUCGCAAACCAUCUCGAUUGCGUUCAUCAGAGACAUGUUCUUCCACCACGAACGAGCUCGCAAGAUCGGAAUCUGGGCACUGCUUUACAUUGCCUCGCCUUACUGGGGUCCCCUUGUGGGCAACUUUGUUCUCGGCGCCACCCAUAAGUGGCAGGAUGUAUUCUGGACCUGUGUCGGCGUUUGUGCUCUUGACAUGAUCGUUAUUGUCAUGUUCCUCGACGAAACUUGGUAUAACCGCGAGAUUCAAUCCUCCGAUCAACCUCGACGCGGAACAGGUUUCUGGUCAAGAAUGUCCCGCAUCGUCGGCUUUUGGGAGUUUCGGAACCAGAAAGGCUACUACAAGCCUGUCUACCAUUCUUUCAAGAAGUACAUCAUCACUUUGACGAAGCCUGUCGUUUUCCUCGUCCUUGCCGCAUACCUGCUCUUCUUCGCUUGGGCCAUUGGCAUCAACAUCACGACUGCUAUUCUUUUCGGCACCCCACGUGAGUUUGGUGGCUACGGGUACUCUUUCACGAGCCUCGGUUAUCUUUACUUCUCGCCCAUCGUCGGUGUCAUCUUCGGAGAGGUAUUCGGCCACUACAUCAACGACUGGAUCGCUCAACGCUACGUUCGUAAGCACAAUGGUGUCUUUGAGCCCGAGGCUCGACUUUACAUGAUUUACCUGGCCGCUAUUCCCAUGAUCGGAGGUCUGGUUCUACUCGGCCAAGCACUCGACCGUCAUCUGUCUGUCGCAGCGGUCAUCAUGGGAUGGGGCCUUCACAGCUUCGGAAUCAUGCUCACCUCGGUGGCGGUCUCUGCGUUCGUGUUGGACUCGUACCCAACCGCCCCUGCUGAGGUUUCGGGCUGGUCGAACUUUGCCCGCGCCAUUGGAGGGUUCAGCGUUGGCUACUUUCAGCAGCCCUGGGGUGCCAAGGUUGGGUUCGAUGGCAGCUUCGGUACCCAGGCUGGGGUUGUUGCUUUCGGGGUGAUCAUUGUUGGCAUUGUUCACAAGUACGGCCACUCUCUACGUCUCAGGGCUGGACCGAUCGAGCAGUAA